AUGACUGGUGAUCGUAAUAUUAAUCGAAAACAUGUCAAUUACAGGAAGGCAGGAAAAAUCAAAAAGAAACUUCAUAAAUAAUAGAUCAAAAAGGCAGCUCUGUCAAAUAAGACCAUUUAACCCAAAAGCAUUGAGGACAUGACCAAGAAAGACCGUAGAGAACUUGCAAAAAAAUAAAAAAAAUCAGAUAAGAAAUAGAAAAAACGUGAAUUGAAAGAAGCUGCAUAGAAAGAAAUUGAGGAAGAAAUGUGA